UUUCUCCCGCAGACCGUUGCGUUAUUCCACCGCUUCUUGCGUCGAAUCGACAUGACCGACCAGAUGAACAUAACCUUGUUAGACCAAACCGAUACCGACCCCGAACAACAACCUGAGCAUAAUGGGCAACAAAACCAAACCAAUGCGCAGUCACGCGGGAACGAGACCUCACACAUCGACGUUCUAUACGAAAACCAACGCGGCUGGUUUCUAAUUGGCAUUCCCUUCUUUUCGUCCAAAGCCCUAUGGAACCUACGCAUAGAUCACUCUCCGUGGGUCGACGAACGCUUCAAACCCUCUCCCGUGAACAUUACGAAUGCACAGGUGCCCGAUCCGAGCUGGGUGUGGGAUUGGAAGUCGUGGUACGUGGAUAUGAGCCACGAUGUGGAUGAAGAAGGCUGGCAAUACAGCUUUUGGUUCCGCGGAGCCGCUUGGCAUGGCAAUCACCCCUGGUUUCACAGCUUUGUGCGCAGGAGACGGUGGUUGAGGAGAAGGAUCAAACACAAGCUGCCGCCCAAGACAGCAGACAACAAGGAAAGGCUGUUUGGUGAAACUUUCAGCAUCGGGACCACGUUGAUGCGCACGGGCACGACUAUGACGCGGUCAAAUAGUUUAUCAGGAAGUGCAGAAAGAUCCAUCAAUGAUGAGGUUAGAGACGUGCCGACCCUGAUGCUGAGAUUGAAGAAAGCGGCCAUCGAUCGAGAGAAAAUUGUCUACAUCAACAGAUUCAUCGAACAGGGCGGUGAAGAGCUGUACUAUCUUGCGGAACAGAUUCCUCCAAUAAUGUCCAUGCUCGUCUUUCAAAACUCGCGACGCCAGCUUCUUUCCACGCUCACCGCAACGAUCGACGCCGCACAGUCGCACCGCGAACAGCACGAGGAAACGGGCGAACGCGAAAGCGAAGUAGAGAAGCGAAGGAUAGAUAACCUGCUGAAGGCAGUCGAGGCAGCAGAUGCCGAGUGCAAGAAGUUGGAGUACUGGAGCGACAUCAAACGUUUGGCAGAAGUUGGCGAGGCUGGCACAGCGGCAGACGAUGAGAGAUGGGGGAAGCAUUGGCAGGGCAUUGACAACAGUGCGCCACAACACCCUGGUCACGAUGAUGCAUGA